UGUACCAAACAGACCUUGGAGACACAGACCUACUACUGUUGUUGCUAUCUUCAUGAUCAAUAUUUACAAUAUUUAACAGUUUCUGUCAAUAACUUUUAACAUAUAUACUUAAAACAUACAUACUUAAUAUGGAAGAAGUUGAUAAGGAUCCAGAGAAGACGUCUGAACCCUCUGUGUUGAAUGGGGUCUCCACACUGGAGGUUGAAGCAGGACCCAGUAUGGAGGUCCAUGAGGAGUUCAAGGAGGAGAGCCAGCCUAAAGAGGAGGAGGAGGAGGAGGAGGAGGAGGAGGAUGAGGAGGAGGGAAGUGAAAAGUUAGUCCCUCCCCAGAAUAUGAUCGACCUGCAGAGAGAUUUGACGACAUUAGUGACCAACAUCCAAACUGCAGCUGACGCUAAAGAGUCGAUGCGAAGGACAGAGCUGGAGGAAGCUCGCAGAAUUAGAUUGGGGCGGCUGCAGAAUGAUUUAAAAUCCAGCCAGGAAAUAUUUGAGGAGAUCACCACAGGGUGGUCCGUAGCUCAGCUGAAGGUGAUCCCUCAGGAGCUCCAGGAGGCCCUGAACAACCAGCAGCAGUUAUGUGCUGCUAUCAUAGACGACAAGAAAAAACUCAUAAAUGACCUGCAACAGGAGCUGAAAACUGGAGAUGAUCGCUAUGUGAAGGACUUGAGGAAGCAUGCAGAGGAGCUGGACCUGAUGAUGGAGAGGAUGGAGGACCAGAUCAAAACCCUGACAAAGGCCUACAGGGAGGAGCUAGCCCAGAUGGAGAGAGUUUAUCAGCAGGAAAUGGAAAUCUUACUUACGAGAGACGAGACUGAGUGGGAACAACAAAUGAAGGAACUUUGGGACAAAGAGUUGGAGAGGCUGGUGCUUAGGAAGAAGAAAGUGGAGGAGUGUGAAGUGAUAGUUCACAAUAUGAUGUUGCAGACUGCUGACGAGUUGGGCCUCCUCCAGUCAGAACAGAAAACAAAGUCACAGGCUCUGGAGAGAGAGCUCCAACAGAUAAAAGCCGGCAACAUGAUCACAAAGCUAAAACUAAUAAAGCAAAAGGAUGAAAUAGCAGGACACACCUUCAACCUGGCCAAUAUGAAGAGCAGGAUCUACAGUCUGCGGACAGAGAUGAAAGACCUAAACGAUAAGUAUUGCAGUCAUAGGAAACAGUUUACAAAGAAGUGCCAGUAUUAUUCUAAGGAGUACGAACGCAACAUCCAGCAGUAUGAUCGCAUACAGAAGAAAAUCAAGCGCUUUGCAGUCACUGAUGCCAGGCAAUUUGAGGACAUGUGGCUAAUGCUUGAAGCAGAGGUGAAGCAACUAGUGGAGAGGGUUUUGGUCACCGACUCGCUGAUCUGCAAUCACCUUGGUUUAGCCUGGCAACGACCUCAUAUGGAGUUCAUGGAGGUCUCUGGUCCCGUCCAGCCUCAGAAACAGGCUUCAAGGCCCCACCGCCCGGCUGUCUCUCAGCUGUUUCACACCGGGCAGGCUUCACAGUGUAGUCAGAGGAUGAUGGACCUCUCAGUCGGGCCUAGGCUGGACACCGACACUGAGAGCACAGACAUGGAAAUGUACAAGGAAGGGACAGCGGUGCAGAGUGAGAGCGGUGCUGAGGUGGAGGAAGGGAAGCUGUCGACGGAGACACUGAAUAAAGUGUUGGAGCUGCUGCGUGAUGAGACGGGCUUCCUGAUAGAAGAUAAACUCCUGAACCUGCUGAUUCCUCUGGAGAAGGAAGAACAGACCGUCGUGAAGCUGGGCUCUCUGCUUUGUUCUUUUGGCAUUGAAGAGGAGGAUGUGCCCAAGUUGGCUGGUUUCUUACUAAAGUACAACCAUCAGCAGAGGGAGCAGACAGAGGAUGUGUGUGUUGAGUCGGGUGAAUCCAGUAGCAAGGCAGAGAAACAGGAGACCAAGUCUACGAUUCAUCUGACCUCUGAACUCAUCAAUCCUAACCAUAUUGUGCCUGCUCUAAAAGGUUUCCUCGAGCAGCACAUGAGGUCCAGGGAGAGCUCAGCCCGCCAACAUCAGAGUAGUUUUCAUGUAGAAGCCCGGGAUACUUCAGAGGAUGCAGCCUACUGGGAGAGUAUGGGCAAUAUAAUCUCUGACGACAAAAUGAAACUCUGGGACGCAGCAGAGAACACACUAAAGCAUUACCAUGCGGUCCUGACAGACAUCUCUGAGCUCAUCCCCGAGACUGAGAGUCUGAAGCAGCAGAACGCAGAACUGCGGAUGCUACUGCAACAGUCGCUCAACUCAAGAGUCAGCACAGAGCUGGAGAGGCCGUAAUCCAAACUGGGGCAGUGUGUGGAAUCAUCAAUCAGUAUGUGUAAAAGAAUUUAAAUUCAUUGUAAAAUAAACCAUCCAUUAAUG